AUGGCCAGUGUGAAAACCAAACGUGGAGACCCCAAGCACAUCUCCCCAGAAGUCCUGCCGCCGACGGGGAGAAAUCCUGCUCGCCGGAAAGGAGGUAGCCCUGUUGCGAUCUCAUCGUACUUCAACCGCCCUCAGGGUUUACCGGGGGCAAACCGUUGCCAUGGGCGAGAACUUGUGCCCACUACCUACUCUUUCCUAGGAAUUUUGGGCAUUAGGAUACUCUUGCCACCUUCUGGUAAAACUGGACCCAUCUUGGGGCGCGUCUGGGACGGGGCAGCCCUUUUACCCCCCGCGGGGGAGGGUGUGUCGGGGGGGCCUUUUAAAGGGCCUGCCUUAGGGCAUCCCCCGGGAUAUCCGGGUUUGACCCUCCCCAGUGUUUGCCUGCGUGGCACCCUUGUGAAUGGGAACGGGAGCCUGGAGGUUGAGCGUCCCGUGCACGAGUCGCCCUGGGCUAGAAACCCGCCUUUUUGGUCCUCUAUUCGGCAAGACAGGGGGCCUGACCAGGCCCGGUCAGACAGCCCUUUUACCUUGGCGAGUGAAAGGGGCCCAGACCAGGGGCGCCCCCCUGAAGCCUUACGUGCCCCGGGUGGCAAAAAAAACCCCCGAGCACGGAUGACACGUCAUGCCUGCUCCCCAAGAGGGGACAAGACGAAAAAAUCAUGUAAAAACAUGUCUGUCCACCAGAUGGCUCUCGGCUGGCCCCCUCCAGGCCAGACCCAGCCGGGAAUCUCGAGCCCCCCUCGCAAACCCCUGAUAAAUCAGGAGCACCAGCUGAACCAGCCGAAACAGCGGUGCCCCCACAGCAACCCCCAAAACCCAAAAGGGGGACCGAAAGGGCCCGGGGCCGGGUCCGACUCUGAGGGCGAGUCGGGACCCCCAAGGCUUUCCCGAAAUUAA